AUGCUGCGCGUCCUGAUCGGUUCAGAAGACCUAAAGGCUGUUGCCGUUGAGGAAAGCUUUAAUGCGUCGAACUUUCGUUCCCAUCUCUUCUUCCUAGACGACCGCGGAUCACUCCCCCUUGCAAGAUCCUCUACCUGGCAAGACACCACCUCAAAGCUCCCUGUGAUACAUCUUGAAGGCGAACAGACACACCAACUUAUGGAGAAAGACGAGCGCCUUUCUACACACUUCACCGGGAUGACGAGCAACGACACGACGAUGCAAACCCUGCCCCAGAUAGGGUGCCCUUAUUGUUAUCCAAGCUGUUACUCAGCCUUCGAAUCUGGAAGAACCGCAGCAGCAGCACACGGGUUUCACUUCCGACAUGAAGGGCAGACUCAUCAUGAUAACAAGCCACAAGAAAUGCACUUCAUCAAAGUCGAGGAUGGCAGCCAGUUCGAGGCUCUUGCUGCCAAUGCAGACGCCCCACAGACAUCAAUCGUCGAUUGUGAUCUUUAUUCUAGCGAUGCUGCUUCUGAUACAUAUCACCAGACCGAUGAUAUCAAUGACCUCUUUGCGAUCAGCGAGACCGCCUCAUCCCUGAUAGCAGAGGGGACAACACCACGCAGGGCACCCAUAACCAUCCUCGAUGCAUGUAUAUCUCAGGGAAGUGAGCCUUCUCCUCAUGAAGCGGAAUGGACAAGCGCGGAAAAUGUCGCAUCAUCUGUGUCCCCAAGGCCAUGGCUUGAAAUUCCAACACCAACUGCAGAUAACAUUCUUGCUGCAGUUAGCACAUCGUAUUCAAUGAUAGCUGCACAGGAACAUCACGUAUCAGACUCAUUCAGUGAGGGUCCUGGUUACGAUCGAUCCUUAUGGGAUACAGUGAAUCUUUCGGGCGAGGCGCAGUUUUACGGAGAAAUCAACAGCGCAUUGGCUCAGCUUGACGCGGCAAACAUUCAUUUGGAUCCCUCCAUAGUCGAGAAUGACGGUUCAAACGCUGCCCAGUCCCUGUUAUUCCCGUGGGCUUCGAAAAGGACUGAUUGUCCAGCCAUGCUUUCGAUCGGAAGUGGGCGUGCAGCCAGCCAAGGAUGUAAUGACGGUUCCUACCAGUACCAUAAGAGUCGUUAUAGACUUAAUGAGCCUUGGCCGCUACCGAAUCCCAGUGACAUAGGCCCCAUCAAUCAGGGGAAGCUGCUUGGCAGGCCACUUACAUGUCUCCGUGACAAGAGAAACGCAUUCUUGAUUGAAUGUAAGCCCCGUGGGUUGUCGUAUAAGGAUAUCAAAAGGAUUGGCGGGUUCAAGGAGGCCGAGUCGACUCUCCGUGGCAGAUUCCGCACGUUGACAAAGUCUAAGGAGCAACGCGUGAGGAAGCCACAAUGGCAUCAAAACGACAUUCGCCUUCUUUGUGAGGCGGUAAACGUGUUGUCGGAAGCCACGGACCAGGAACAUGGCCAUUACUCCUUCUGCUGGGCCCAGAUUGACAACCAAUUACCAAAGGUUUCUUGGAAGAGGGUGGCUCAGUACAUCAGGACCCAUGGGGGGUCCUAUCAUUUCGGGAAUGCAACCUGCAAGAAGAAGUGGUGCGAAGUCCAUGGCGUGAAGAUCUAA